AUGGGUUCGCUCGGUGCUUCGGCGUCCUUCCCUGUUCUCGACGACACUCGUCCUCAUGACAAAUCCCUUCCAGCCUUCAUGGUGUCAACCACCAGGGGCUUCCUGCCCCGCGCCGACCCUGUCGUCGCCCUCCCCUCCGAGUUUGAUCCCGUCGAGUCCUUGCUGUCCCGCAUGCCCAUCAAAGCUUUUGGUGACGCAGUCAAGGACGAGCUGCCGGACCUGACGGAGCACAUUGAACGCUACAAGGACGACCUGCCCGUCAUGAACGCCCUCUACCGUGACUACUCCUUCCUCUUGUCGGCGUACCUGCUCGAGCCCUGCCACGAGCGCUUCGUCAAAGGAGAGCCGUAUGGUCUGGGUAGGGACGUGCUGCCGAAGCAGAUUGCCCGGCCGAUGGCGCGCUGUGCUGAGCUCACCGGCUUCAAGCCCUUCAUGGAAUAUGCGGGCUCGUACGCCCUCUUCAACUAUCGCCUCGAGGACCCCAAACAAGGCAUGGACUACGACAACCUCCGCCUCAUCCGCGCCUUUGAGCACGGCCUCGAUCCCACAUCCUCCGAAGCCGGCUUCGUGCUCGUCCACAUUGAGAUGGUCAAGAACUCGGGGCCCCUUGUCAAGGGCGCCGUCUCCCUGCUGGCACACGCCGCCAACACGUCGCCCAACGCGGCCCUGUCGCUGCAUCAGCGCGAGGACAUCAACCAGUCGCUCGCCAGCGUGCUCGCGUCGCUGCGCAAGAUCAACGCGGCCAUGGAGACCAUGUGGGCCAAGUCGAAGCCCAUGUCCUACACGUCGUUCCGCACCUUCAUCUUCGGCAUCACCUCGCAGUCCAUGUUCCCGCACGGCGUCACCUACGAGGGCGUCUCGGACGAGCCCCUCUCCUUCCGCGGCGAGUCGGGCGCCAACGACUCGAUCGUGCCCCUCAUGGACAACCUCCUGCAGGUGACCAUGCCCGACACGCCGCUGACGGCCAUCCUGCGCGACUUCCGCGAGUACCGCCCCAGCAACCACCGCGCCUUCCUGGGCUACGUCGCCGAGCGCGCCGCCGAGCUCGACGUCAAGCGCCUCGUCCUCGGCCUCGGUCCCGACGGCGCCGCCCAGCCCCUGCCCCUGCCCCUGCCCGCCGCCGCCGACGAGCGCGAGGCCCUCCUCGAGUCGCGCCGCCUGUGGAUCAAGAUCCUGCACCAGGUCCGCGACUUCCGCUGGCGCCACUGGUGCUUCGCGCGCGAGUACAUCCUCAAGCGGACGAGCCACCCGACCGCCACGGGCGGCAGCCCCAUCGUCACCUGGCUGCCCAACCAGCUGCAGGCCGUGCUGGCCGAGAUGAGCAGGCUCUACGCCGACGUCGGCGGGGCCCGGGGCGACGCCGCCCUCGGCGACGAGCUGGCGGACGUCAUGGACCUCGUCGAGAGGCAGAAGGAUACCCUGCAGAAGGAGGUCGACAAGUAUUGUGCCGAGAGGGGCGUGAACAAGGCCGAUCUGUAA